AUGCGCUGCGGCAAACUGAACGGCUGGAAGCGUCGCUACAUCGCCAUCUCGCGCAACUGUCUUUAUUACUUCCACAGCAUCGACGGACUCUCCGAGAAGGAGCGAAACGAAGUCGUGCUGCAGCUGCCGACGGGGGUUGUGCCGCUCACGCGGCUCGCAACGUCGACGCGGAUGGUGGCGGGGAAGCUGUUUACGGUGGAGUUGUUCCAUGAGGAUAACUCGGAUGUGCCGUAUUUGCGAUUGCUGAGCUCGGAGAAGGUGAUUCGGAGGACAAAACAUCGGUUUUGUUUUACGUUUGAAGUGGAGGAGGAAGCGGCGUUUUUCGUGGAGUGCGUGGGAGAACAUUUAGCGGAAGUGAAUCCGUGCGAGCCGCUGAAUACGUAUGAAGUGGAGUACGAUAUUCGAAGUCUGCGCGAGUUGCGAUUGUUUACGAGGAAAGUGAGCGAGAUUUUACCGACGAUUCGGAAAGAAAAGGGGAAAUAGAUAUGAGUU